UUUUUUACGUACACAAUAACUCAUUUAUCUUCUAAUUUUUCAUAUUUAACACAGUAUGGUAACUACUUUAGAAAAAUGACCACUGUUGAAUGAUAGAAUGUUUUCUAGUCAGUCAAGUGUUUAUACGUAACCAUGUAUCAUAAAGAGCCUGUGCAUUUCACCCAAUAGGAGGGUCAAACUCCGUUGUAGGAGGAUUCACACGUCUUAUUAUUAGCUCAGACUUUUCACAGAGCAAAUGAACAUGGUGUUUCAUGUGUUGGUUCUGUUCUGUUUGUGCUGGUGGAGUCUGGCUGGUGUGUUUGGUGAUUCAGUGUCAGUGAUGGAGGGAGAUUCUGUCACUUUAUACAUUGAUCUUACUAAAAUACAUGAAGAUGAUGAUAUACUGUGGACAUUUGAAGUUGAAAAGUCUCUCAUAGCUAAAAUUAAAUUAAAGAAGCAAACCUUCAACACAUUUGAUGAUGUUCCUGAUGGGAGAUUCAGAAACAGACUGAAGCUGGACAAUCAAACUGGAUAUCUGACCAUCACAAACAUCACAACUGAACAUGCUGGAGUUUAUCAACUUGAGAUAAGUGGAGCGAAAAAAUCAAUAAAAAAAUUCAGUGUUUCUGUCUAUGCUCGUCUGCCUGUUCCUGUCAUGAGCAGCAACUCUUCACAAUGUUCUUCAUCAUCAUGUUCAUUGGUGUGUUCAGCUGUGAAUGUGAGUCAUGUGACUCUCUCCUGGUACAAAGGAAACAGUUUAUUGUCCAGCAUCAGUGUGUCUAAUCUCAGCAUCAGUCUCUCUCUACCUCUGGAGGUGGAAUAUCAGGAUAACAACACCUACAGCUGUGUGCUGAACAAUACCAUCAGCAACCAGACUCAACAUCUGGACAUCACUCAACUCUGUCACACAUGUGCAGUUUCUCCAGUCUCUCUGAUAGUGCUGAUCUCUGCUGCUGCUGCUGGAUCUCUUCUAAUAGUCGCUCUAGUCGUGAUCUGCUGCCUCUGCAAGAAAAGUAGAAAAAGAGUCGUGAUCCGGGAGAACCACAGAACUGAUUCAUUCAUUAGACCAAAAAGACAAAAAAAGAAAUCAAAGGAGGAGACCGUGUAUGAAAACCGCAUGACAAUACAGCGAUUCAAUGCUGCAUCUGCUGGAAUAAAUGUUCAAGCUCACUGACUCACACCUCUUAGUUCAUAUUUAUUUUCUGCCAGUAUAUUUACUUCUGUCAUUUGAUUUUGCUUUUUGUAUCACAUCAUGUAAUUUCAUGUUUUGUUUUUUUUGUUGUUGUUUUUGUUUUUUUUUCAUAAAGUGAUACUGUUAUGUCUGAAAUGUUUCUCUGUGUUUAAUUUUGUGGUGCACAAAUGGUGUAGAAUAUGUCAGUGCGCUAACCACUAGGCUAUCGGCGCCAACAUAUUCAAUAUCAGUGCAUAGUGCCAUACACUUGGACAGUGGUUCUCAAACCUGUCCUGGAGUACCACCAGCACUGCACAUUUUUAUGUCUCCCUCAUCUGUCACACCUGAUUCAACUCAUGAGCUCAUUAUUAAAGACUGGAUGUGUCAGAUAUAGAGAGACAUAAAAAAAUGUACAGGGCUGGAGCUCCUCCAGAUACCCUAGACCAGGCUAUCUUCUGAUCAUUCGUUUUUUAAUUUAAUAUUGAAAUCAGAAAAAUGAAAAAAGGUGUCUUUUUUCAUUUUUUGUUUUCAAACAAAAAAAAGAAGAAAUCAGCUUAAUUUUAGCAUCAUGCUAGUAAUGUGUUAAAGUAACAUCUAAGCAAUGUACAAAUCAUGCAACAUACCAAAUCAUGCAACAUACCAAAUCAUGCUAACAGUGUGUUAAAUCAUGCUAGCAACAUGGUAAAUCAUCCAAUGUGCUAAAUCAUGUUAAUACGUUAAAUCAUGUUAGCAACAUGCUAACAACAUAUUAGCAACGUGCAUCCUAGCAAUGUGUUAAAUCAUGGUAACAUGUUAGCAACAUGCUAGCAACAUGGUAAAUAACACUAGAAACAUUCUACCCAUGUUAAUAACAAAGUUGCAUUGACAACAUACUAAAUCAUGCUAACAUGCCAUCAAUGUGUUAAAUCUUACUCACAAUGUACUAAAUCAUGUUAGCACACUGCAAAAAAACUUUUCUUAUUUAGUAUUUUUGUUGCGUUUCCAGUCUAAAUAUCUAAAAAUUCUUAAAUCCAGAUGCUGAACAAGAUUAUUUUUCUUACCCCAUUGGCAGAUAUUUUUGCUUGUUUUAAGCAAAAACUCACUUCAUUUUGAUUUUGAAAUAUCUGUCAUUUUAAGAAGACAUAAUAUAUUAAGUAAGAAAGGCAUUUUUUGCAGUGCAACAUGCCAAAUCAUGCUAUCAACAUGAAAUAAAUAUGCAAACAAUUUCAUAAAUCUGGAUUGAUUUCAAAAUACUAAAUUGUAUUUUAACGUUCUGUAAGACUGAAAAUAUCUUAAGAUAUUUUAAAACGAACAAAGACAUUUGCUUUACUGUUUCAACCCCCUCUCUCUUGCUACAAGGGCCAUUUGGAAGGCACAAAGGUGUUGAAGGUGAUCAAGGCCUGUGGGCCAAAAUGUAUAUACAUCGGGGGUCUACAAAUGGUCACACCUUUAGUACAGUGGGGGAAGUUUUAAUUUCCUGAUUGGUCUGUUUGAAUGUCUCAUAUUUUGGUUUCAGUCACAUGGAUUGUAACUGUUGCUCUGUCUCUUUGAUUCUUGGCUUUUCUUGGUCUCUCUCUCUCUCUCUCUCUCUUUCUCUUUCACUCUCUCUCUCUAUCUCUCAGGUAACUUUUGACAUACAUGCUGGGUACGAUUAAUGGUAUAUGAUUUUAUCAUCUCAUACAUCUAUUUUGUAAUUAUUUUAAGUGUAACCAUAAUCAGAUAUUGUCAUUAAACCCUUUCUAUUACAAA